UGUUGCGAGCGUAACUGGGAGUAUUCAUUACAUUGCUUGAAAGUCAGACGUCGUUUCUAGACACUCUUCGAGGACUCAAUACACGACUAUUAGUAACCGAGGAGUGUAUGUAAGUAGCUGAAAGGCUUGUGAAAUACGUCUUUUCUUAGAUUCGCUUCUGUAGUUUCGCUGUAGUUGUUUUCAUCGUCUAGUUUAUUUUUCUCUUCGAGUACAAGUUAGUGGUUGUUUACACAGAAAGAUGAAAUCGCUACUCUUGAUACUGAGUUGCGCAGCGAUUGCGUUUGCCCAGGAGACAUGCGGCCCUUGCAAACAGUCCGAAUGUCGCAGACCGUGGGGCUGUGUCGCCGGCACGAUGAAAGAUCGCUGUGGGUGCUGUGAUAUUUGUGGCAACCGGGAAGGUAUGCGAUGUGACGCGGACGUAGUGAUAAAGCAUGAUCCGAGCAAAUACAAAUACGGUAAAUGUGGCAAGAACCUUGUAUGCAAACUUCACCACAAUUCUAAACCUGAGUACGGGAUAGAAACGGUUUGUUAUUGCAAGUAUGACGAUAUGGUCUGUGGGACGAACGACAAAACGUACGACAACGUGUGCCAGAUGGUAGCGGACGGUUACCGAUACGGGAAACAGAUUACAGUGAAAAGCAAAGGACCCUGCACUAGCGCUCCUUGGAUCGAGACCCCGCCAGAUGACAUCGUUAAUUCGACAGGGGGUGAUAUCACUCUCAGCUGCGAGGUCAUGGGUCAUCCCAUACCUUAUAUUGAGUGGAAAAAAGAAGGAAACCCCGUGGUUUUACCGGGUGAUGACAGACAUAUGGCGGUGCAGUCUCGCGGUGGACCGCAUAAACAUGAACUGACUGGAUGGCUGCAAAUCCAAGGUCUACGUAAGACAGACGUCGGACAAUAUACUUGCGUUGCUCGGAACGACUAUGGGGUUGCCCAGGCAACGGCAGCUAUCUCCGUCAUGAGCAUUUUAUCGAUAACGAAGAGAACGAAGAGGAAGAAGACACAGAGAAUACAAUAGAUGUUGACUACGACACUGAUUUUGACAUCGGAAGUGAAACAAACCCAGACACGUUUUUCCCGGAAGUAGACGGCGAUGACUAUGAUAAUAGCGGCAGUGGAGAUACAGAAAUAGUUGAAGAAAACAACCAAUCAUUUAUAUAAAUAAAUAAAUAAAUAAAUACAACCAUUACAACCAUAUAGUAUAUCAUAAAAUAAGUCCAACAUCCAAGUGAACGCAUAUUUGUAAUUGAACUUUUUCAAAUUCCAAAGAAAACAUACACACAAAAAACAUAAUAAAUAAACACAAUGGUUCAACGCGGAAUAAUCGUAUUUAGCCUCGGAUGAGGAUACUUAAGUUGGUUGGCAUUUUCAUAAAGGCUGAGGCGAGGGCCGUAGUAGAUUCUACUAUUAAUUGAUUUGUCCAAAGAUAAAUUUAAUAUUUUUGUCGAUGCCAUUUAUACCUCAUAAUAUUCUGUGUGGCUAACAGCAUGGGUAUUUCGAUUUUUCGAAUCAUAUACUUACAGUGACCUCUCGCGGGUGUCGGGAUCCAAUAAAACAAAAACGUGACUUAUCGAUGACGAACUGACUGGAUAACUUUCGCACGGACUUGCUGCUUAGUUGGAAACUAGAGAUAAGAAUAAUUGAUUUGUUCACAUUGCAGUGAGUUUUAUAUGGCGUUAUCAGAGCAAUGAUGACCGAGAAACUCGACUUAGUGAGGGAUACACUUACAAUGUCUUUAAAAAUGGUGCAGCAUUUAACAUAUAGAAUGCGGGUUGGUGGGUACUCGGUAAGAAAAAAUUUUGCCUUCAAUUUUCGGAGCCGCAAGAUUCUAUAAUUAAUUACAGUUCUGGUGUAAUGUACAACAUUUAUCAUCACAACAGAAAGUAUAUAUGGUUAA